AUGAUGGAGGUAGAAGAGCGCAGGUGUGAGGGGUUCGAGUGCGGUAAGCCAGCGAAACUACGGUGUCCGACAUGCAUCAAACUGGGUUUGAAGGACUCUUUCUUCUGUGACCAGGCUUGUUUCAAAGCAAAUUGGGCUCUGCAUAAAAAUCAACACAAUGACCCAAAUGCACCCUACAAUCCAUGGCCUAACUACAAUUUCACCGGACCACUUCGUCCAGCCAAACUCACACCGAAGAGAACGGUACCUCAGUCGAUCACUCGUCCUGACUAUGCUUUCCACCCAGAAGGUGUUUCUUUUGAGGAAAGACAAGCGAAGAAAAACAGAGAAGUGAAAGUUUUGGAUGAUGCGGAAAAAGAAGGUCUUCGUGUUGCUUGUCGCCUAGGGAGGGAAGUUCUGAACGAAGCUGCAAUGGCUUGUGCACCUGGCGUAACAACAGACGAGAUCGACCGUGUUGUGCAUGAAGCUUGCGUUGAAAGGAACUGUUAUCCGAGUCCAUUAGGGUACCACAACUUUCCAAAAAGUUGCUGCACUUCCGUCAACGAGGUCAUCUGUCAUGGGAUACCUGAUCUGCGUAUUCUUGAAAAUGGCGAUUUGUGUAAUGUAGAUGUGACGGUUUAUCAUCGCGGAUUUCAUGGAGACUUGAACGAAACCUUUUUGGUUGGUGACAAAGUCGAUGAGGAGUCUCGAAAGCUUGUUCGUGUUACUUACGAAUGUCUACAACAGGCAAUAGCUAUCGUCAGACCGGGAGUAAAAUUCCGUGAAAUUGGGAACGUCAUCCAGAAGCACGCAAGUGCUAACGGGUUUUCUGUCGUCAAAGCGUACUGCGGUCAUGGAAUUCACAGACUUUUUCACACAGCUCCAAACAUACCUCAUUAUGCAAUGUCGUACGCCGAGGUUUUUGCAUGGAGCACACUCUCCUGGCUAGCGAGUAUCGAGAACUCUGCAACGGGUGUUAUGAAAGCGGGUAACUCGUUUACGAUCGAACCGAUGAUUAAUGCCGGCAGCUACCAUGAUGAUCGUUGGCCUGAUGAUUGGACUGCCGUUACGACGGAUGGCAAGCGAUCAGCGCAAUUUGAACAAACACUCUUGGUUACUGAAAACGGUUGUGAUGUUCUAACAGCUCGCGAAGGAAAUCGACCGUGGUUCAUGGAUCAAAUCGAUCAGCAUUACAGCAAAUAA